AUGCGCGGCCCAAUCCCCCGGCCAGCCCGCUUCCCGGCCUGCCCCGCGUCACGCGGCCCGGCCCGCCCCGCGCUCCCGCUCGCGCAGCAGCCCGCGGAGCACGCGCCCCGCCCCUGCCACCGGGCCCCGCUCGCAGCAGCCCAGCGCCCAGCUUCUCCCACGCGCUCGUGGCCGCUCCCGCCGACGCCCCUGGCCCACCUGUCGGCGUUACUCGCCCGCUCCGCCAGCGCCCGCGUCUUCCCGCUGCAGCCCGGCCCCACACACCAGCUCCACCCACUCGCUGCCAGCCCGGGCCCGCUCGCCAGGUGCCCCACGAGCCGACCCGCGGAGUCCAGGCGCCCGGAGGACGGCCGCCGAACCCCGCCCGCGAUCACCGUCCCCGCUCCGCCGCCGGUCAGCCUCGCCAUCGACUUCGCCCGGCCCUUUCCUUCAUUUCCGAGCCUGGUGAGCACCCGCAACUCCUCCCGCUCCUUUUGGCGCUAG